AUGCCCAUCGACCGCACUCCCCAGAACAACCUCAAGCCGAAGCUCGCGAGCAACCGGACCGCGAAGACGCCGCUAACGCCUCGCCUUGCUGCUGCACCUAUUCCCAAGCGACUGCAAACAGCACGCAGUCGACCCGCACCGGUUGCCAACACGGUGCACGAGGACGUCACGCCCGUGAAGGCUUUCCUCAACAGCAAUGUCACUCCCCGGUCCUCGUCCAGAAAGUCCCGCGUCGGCGUGGAGAGCACACUGUCUUCGCCUAGUGGCACGCCCAUCAAUACGCCCUCGUCUUCGCGACCGGCUUCCACCAUAGACUUCCACCAGAAAGAGCCAGGCACUGGCUACAGUGCACUCGGGGUUGCUGGCAACAAAGGUGCCCAGGGUGCCGUCCGCCCACGCAGCACCCCAGGACCAGGCGGUCCCCAGUUCGCACCGCCUUCACGGCCGCCCUUGUCCAACAUCCACAAUUCAACACCAGAUGUAGGCUCGGCGAAACCAACUUCCUCUCUCUUCUUCCAUGCCAGCGAUGUUAGACCUCAAGAACAGCAGCAGCAGCAGCCGCCACAGAAAAAAGCACCCGUCUUCUUCUAUGCCAAUGGCAAGCAGGAUGGACCUCCGCGGAGACCAGAUAUGGCGUCUCCGCCCUUGUCAUCAGCGGGUAGAUCGCACUCGGGAAGCAAGUUCUUUCAUGCUGACACUGUCUCCGAGGUGAGGAGCAACCCACCAAACCUCACUCCAUCGCCCAUGUCUACGUCGCCAGAGCCGUUGCACCACCUGAACCCACCCCCUCCCCCUGGCCAAGCUCGAUCGCCGUCACCUACCAAGGAGUGGGCGCAUCUAUCCUAUCGAAAGGGUGCAUCCCAGGUGAUGCGACCAUCAAUAGUUUCGCGCAAUUCUGCAAUGUCCAUCCUCUCUGGGCCGCCAACUCCCGACGUGCCAGACCGCCCCAGCAGACGUUCCAGUGCCGCAUCCUACGCCAUGAGGGGAAGUCACGGCAAGAGUGCUAGCUUGUCUUCCAUCGACUCCGUGACGGAUCCGAAGCAUGCACCGUCCACCGAUCCUGCAGGCCACGCACCCAGUCCACUGAAUACCGAGAGGCGGGUCGUGAGUAUAGCGUCUGUCGCUGACAGCAUGGCGUCCAUGCCAUCUCCGCCAUUAGCCUCGUUCUCUGGACUUCCAUCUCCAACCUCAACAAGCCCGACUAAGCGAGACGGCACUCAGAGCGCACUGGAAGCAAUGAACGAGCUCGCUGCGAAUGCGCGUCGCGAACGGAAAGUACUGGAUCUUGAGAUCAGCAACUCUUCAUUGCUCGCGAUCAACCGCUCACUCGAAAAAGAGGUCCGUAAGCAAAAGGCUGAGAUUAGGAGGUUCCGCCGCAUGAGCAGAGCUGGCCGCUUCUCCGUCGAUACAGCUGGCGCAGCUCUGGAAAGCUCGCCCCUGCAUAGUGCUAGUCAUGUUGGUGACCUAUCCGACAUGUCAGAAGAAGACGAAGGAGACCAGCUGGAAGAACCUGAGGAGGAAGAGCCCGAAAGCAGUGAGGAUUCUUUUGACGAAAGCCAAUUAAGUCCAUCAGCUCAGCUAGAGCGAGACGAGGCCCACCGCUUCAAGGACGAGAAACGUCUACAGCUCGACCUGUCGAAACACCGGGAUCUACUCCUCGACAGCCAGAAGAUGAACCAGAGUCUGAAGCGGUGCAUGAACUGGACAGAGCAGCUCAUCAAAGACGGCCAAAAAGCACUAGAAUACCAGGUCCGGCCCAGCGACGUCAAAAUCGGUGGCCGCGUGCUCAUCGCCGAAGACGACGACGAAGACGACAACACGCAAGCAGAGGAAUCUAAGGGUCUUCUCAGCCCUUGGAGCCCGCUCCACCGCUCCAUCGACGGCCUUGAAGCACUCGACUCGCCCUUCUUCGCAGGCGCAAUGGAGCGCAUCGUCGACCGCGACAGCGGCGUGGACAUUGACGGUUUAGACGCCCUCGCUCCACCCAUACCUGGCUCAACAGCCUCUCUCGGCUCCCCAUUCGAAGAGCGCAUACAGCGCCUUCAAGCCUCCAUCGAGGCCCUUUCAUAA